GCCGAGGGGCGGGAGUGGCCUGCGCGGGCGGCCGGGUCUGGAGAGGAGUAAGUCGCUGGCUGUUGCCGGGAGCGCACUCGCAGCUCCCCAAAGUAUUGCCGCCUCGCGGUUCCUCGCUCGCUGCGCUCCUAGAAGGGGCGGCCGCCUCCAGGUGACACAGACGGGACUCCCGCUUGCGCUUUCCAGAUGCAUCAGAGAUACUUUUGGACUGACCAGGGCCAAGUGGCAUUCGGCGGGCACUUCAUGGCGGAGGGCGAAGGGUACUUCGCUAUGGCCGAGGACGAGCUGGCCGUCGGCGCCUACAUCCCCCUGGGCGGCGACUUGAGCGGCGGCGACUUCGGCGGGCCCUGCUUGGACUAUUGCGACAGCCCCACGGCGCACUGCAACGUGCUGAACUGGGAGCAAGUGCAGCGGCUGGACGGCAUCUUGAGCGAGACCAUCCCGAUCCACGGGCGCGGGAACUUCCCCACGCUCGAGCUGCAGCCCAGUCUGAUCGUGAAGGUGGUGCGGCGCCGCCUGGCCGACAAGCGCAUCGGCGUCCGCGACGUGCGCCUCAACGGCUCGGCCGCCAGCCACGUCCUGCACCAGGACAGCGGCCUGGGCUACAAGGACCUGGACCUCAUCUUCUGCGCCGACCUGCGCGGGGAAGAGGAGUUUCAGACUGUGAAGGACGUCGUGCUCGACUGCCUGUUGGACUUCUUGCCCGAAGGGGUGAACAAAGAGAAGAUCACGCCGCUCACGCUCAAGGAAGCUUAUGUGCAGAAAAUGGUUAAAGUGUGCAAUGACUCUGACCGAUGGAGUCUAAUAUCUCUGUCGAACAACAGUGGGAAAAAUGUGGAACUGAAAUUUGUGGAUUCCCUCCGGAGGCAAUUUGAAUUUAGUGUAGAUUCUUUUCAAAUCAAAUUAGACUCUCUUCUCCUCUUUUACGAAUGUUCAGAGAAUCCAAUGACUGAGACAUUUCACCCCACGAUAAUUGGUGAGAGCGUCUAUGGCGAUUUCCAUGAAGCCUUUGAUCACCUUUGUAACAAGAUCAUUGCCACCCGGAACCCAGAGGAAAUCAGAGGGGGAGGCCUCCUUAAGUACUGCAACCUUUUAGUGAGGGGCUUUAGGCCUGCCUCUGAUGAGAUUAAGACCCUUCAGAGGUAUAUGUGUUCCAGAUUUUUCAUCGACUUCUCAGACAUUGGAGAGCAGCAGAGAAAACUGGAAUCCUAUUUGCAGAACCACUUCGUGGGAUUGGAAGACCGCAAGUAUGACUAUCUCAUGACCCUUCACGGAGUGGUGAAUGAGAGUACAGUGUGCCUGAUGGGACAUGAAAGAAGACAGACUUUAAACCUUAUCACAAUGCUGGCUAUCCGUGUGCUCGCUGACCAAAAUGUCAUCCCUAAUGUGGCUAAUGUCACUUGUUAUUACCAGCCGGCACCCUAUGUAGCAGAUGCCAACUUUAGCAAUUACUACAUUGCACAGGUCCAGCCAGUAUUCACAUGCCAGCAACAGACAUACUCUACUUGGCUACCCUGCAAUUAAGAAUCACUUAAAUGUCCUGUGGGGCAGCCAUUUCAGACAAGAUAGGUAAAUUAAAAAAGAAGAAGAAAUGGCUGAGGUGAUCCAGCCUUGAUUAGGGAUGUGUUUUAUGCAAUGGUAACCUGCUCCUGGUUUUAAGCUUGGCAAAGCUUGUGGAUCUUUGCAUAGGUAUGGGAGCAUGAUCUCAAAAUGAUCCCUCCCUCCAACAGCCCUCCCAUCUACAAUAAUUCUCCUAUCCGAUUGGAUUCUAUCUUGAAAUAAAAGAGACCUGUCAUUAGAAGCAAGCAGGUUCUCCUAAAAUAUGGAGGGAAAAAUUGCUUGAUGACAAUAUGGGCUUGCAGUACCUGCUCCCAUAGCUUUGCCAUAUGAAAAAAGAAAGUUGAGAGUUUCUUAUAAUCUGGAAUUCACAAAAGGGAAAAUACAAAGGAAAAAAAGAUCUCACCCCUACUUAAUUAAUUUGGGAGUGCAUAGUGACAAUAAUACUGGAAGAAGGGAAACUCCAACAUUGGGAUCUAAGACUUGUAGCAAGUGCUUUCCGUGAAACUAUCCUAUUGUGUUAACAGAAAUGUCUUGCUCUGAAAGAACAGUAGUAAGUUGGUGCAGUUCUCAUAACAAACAGCAGAACUUAUGAUGACACAGUCCAUUAUUUCCAGCUGCGUGCAUAGCUCACAUUUUUAAAAUGUGAAAAUGCAAACAAAAACAGCUGUAGCAAAGAAAGUAUGCUCAAGGACCAAAGAUUUAACAGAUAAAAAUACCCAAGUAGAAGAGAUAGAGUAGAAUAUAUAAAGAGUUACUAUAUUUGUUAUACACCAAUAUACAUCGAAGUGCCUGUUGCCUUCUGAAAAUUUGAAGUGGAAAAUUUUAGGAUCUAGUGAUUUUAUUUUAUCAGGGAUUCAAAAAGAAAAUACAACAACACAUAAGCUUGUGAAUGGUGGAGGAAAUGCCCUAUUUUUUCUCAACAAACACUUGUAUAAAGUUAACAUUGUUGGUAUGAUGUUAUCAUAGGUACGUGUAUAUGCGUGUAUGUAUACAUAUUUGCGACAUGUAUGUAUACAUACAUUACAAUGACUAUCGUCUAGAAUAAUGUAGCAAAUAGAAAUGUUUAAAUACUGUGUACUUUUAUGUUUUCAAAAAGAUGACAUGAGGCAUGGGCAUAUUGCAGUGAUGAAUUAAAACCACAUCUAAAAAAAAUUUAAAAAAUGAAAAAGGAAAACAAGUAAUAUAUUUGAUAGGAAGACCAGAGAUGAUACAUUUUUAGUGAGUGUUCCUCCUUUUUUUGUGAGCCAUAGAAUUCCACUGAUAGGAGAAUAUUUGGCAGAGCCCUCUUUUUAUACUAAACUGCCAUUUUGGCAGUUUGAACCCUUUUAUUUUUUGUAAUACUUGCAUGCCUCCAUGGUGUAUAAUCCAGUGGAUCUUGGAUCAGUGAGAGUCUGUUUAAAUCCCUAACUGCUAAAACAAGUUUCUGGUGAUCUGAACACUACUUGUUAAUAUUUAAAUGAAUUUUUUAAUGAAUGCAUUCUGCAUUCCAGGACCACUAGAAUUUAGUAAAUGUGAAAUGACCCUUUUUAAAGAGUAUUUGCACAGUUGCUUAAAAUUUAUAUAUGAGAUAUAUAUUAUAUAUAAAAUUUUAUAAAUUCAUGCCAAUAUGAAACAUCUUUGAUCUGGUUAUCACACUGCAUUUAAAUAUUUAGUACUGUACUUCAAAUUCAAUCACUUUGCAUUGACUCAAAUCCAACUUUAUUUUUUCUUUCUCCAGAGACCAGUUAUACCUUGUGAAAUGAGCUGUCAUUACUGUUUUAGCUAAUGACAGCCAACCUUAAAACCAUCACUCUCGGACACCUUCAUUCUUUGGACACUGGUCUCUGAAAAUGCAUGUUAAAAACAAUACCAACACAUAAAAACCUUCCCUUUGUAUUAUGAAACAGCCACAUAAUCGCUGCCCACCAUAGUGGAUGACUGCUUACUGUGAUAAUUCCUCUGAAGAACCAAGCAGAUUUUUGUCAUCAGUUAAAGAGGGAUUGGGGAAUAAAUUGGCAUCAUUCCAUUGGCAGUGUAAUUUGUUUUUUAUCUGGGCAUCACUCAGAUGCUUGCUCAGUGCUAGGUUAAUCCAUCUGAAUUUACCUUUUGUGCAUCUGUCUUUGAAGUCUUAACAGGAACUUGAUGAGUUUGCUGUAGCAGCUUCCCUGUGAAUUCUGUCUGAGCUGUAACAGUUACUGCACUGCCACUCACUGUUUCCUAGGGAAGGAACUCAUCCUUCUCCCAUGUUGGCUUAGUCUCCCUCACUCAAGCCCUGGGUUUGAAAAUUCAUUGUGAAUUCCUUGGAAAUCAAUCCAUUUGCAGAUUAGGCCUAAUACUUAACUAUCAAAAACCAGAGCUCCACCUGCUCACCUGUUUGAAAGUUUUCUGAAAGGAAACUAAGGGGACUCUUGGGACCAAGGAGCAACUGGUAGUCUGUUUUCUUCCUUCUCGUCCUAACUGUUGACGUAUGAGUCGUCCACUAUUUUAAAAUGUAUCUGGAUGUCUCUCUGGCUCUGCAGCAACCUGCUGUUGAUUUGUGACACAGAUUUUUGUUUGGUGGGGCCUUAUUUGAAGAUACACUUUUUUACUUAUUUCCUCAAAUAUUUAUGUUCUUUUUUACUUACUCAAGGGUUAAUAGUAUAUAGUUGGAAGAGCCAACUCCUGGCAUUCAGAUAGAACAGGAUGUACUCGAGACAACUUUCAGCAUUUACUUUAAGGAUUAUAUAAUUUAUUUCUCCUUUGUAUGUACUAUAGUCUUGUGCAUAUGUAGUUGAACAAACAGUGGAAUAUAUGUAUUUCUUUGUGGAUGUGUGGCCUAAAAUUUGAAUGUUUGGUGAGAGAGAGCCGUGUGUAUAGGUCAGAGAAAAGAAAAGCUCUCAACUCCUGAUUAGUGCCUGUGAUUUGCUUGCUCUUUUGUUUAUCUGGCCUAGUGUGCUGUUACUUUAAAACAGGAAGAAGUUUUCUCUUAGGGAGACUCUUCUCAACUGUGUAGUCAGGCAUGUCAGAGAACACUUAACCUGUGACAAUGCCUUUAAAAAAGUUUACUUCAUUUACUUUUAGUUGCCUCAAGAAUUCCUACAUCAAGAUGGACUUUUCCUUUCCAGAAAUGGAAUCAAAUAUCUGCUCACUUUGGUAUUGGGUGGACUAUUAAAAUGUGACUCAAAAAAAAAAUGCAAGGAUGGAAGAAUAUUUGUAAGCCAAGCCAAGGAGGUAAUGAAAAAUGAACAUAUUGUUUCUGUCACCCCCUUCUGUUUGCUCGUCUUGGUUGCUUUGUUGUGCAUAAAGUUGUUUUCAAUGCAGUGCUUGUCAAAUAAAUAUUGUGAACUAUUUUGUAAAUGAAAUGUAUUAUGUUGAAAGCUGUCAGCAAUUCAAAAAUAAGCUUUUUUUGUUAUUUGAAGAGGAAGUGUAUUAGAUGAAACCAAAAGCAAAAAAAAAAAAAUGAUUUCAUAUAUAGCACCUAUUUGAAUAUAAUCUUUAAGAUUUCUUAUAGCAUAGCCUUUUCAGUGCUAAGAAAGAAUCUCUAUGUAAAACUUUGUUGUAAUAAUGGCUAAAGUGUACGGUAAAAGUACAGAGUUGGAAGAUGUCAAGGUAACUUGACGAGAUUUGCUGCAAAGCCUUGCAGAAUGGAGGAGGCUCCGCCCGCUGGCUGUCUCUUUCUCCAACCCCUCUACAAUCAUUGCCUGCUCUGAGAUGUCCUAUUGCAGCAAGCUGCACUUUGGGUCACUCUUUCGGAAUAUUUUGACUUCAGACUGUGUCACAGGCAGAAAAGGAGUUGAUGGAGAAUGUACUCUUAAAAACUGACAUGUUUGCAUCAGUGCUAGAGGGAACAGAUUGUGAAUUUUGUUUACAGCAUCCAAUAUUUGGAUUUUUUUUUUUUGUAAAUAAAAAGAAGUUAUUUUUUUCUAUUGAUUUGUGUCUGUUGUCUUCGGUGUCUGUGCUGGCGAAAGACCAUGUGCUCUGAUUCCCAGCCUGUGUCCAUGAGAAAAGACAAGGCAGUACUUGAAGACUUAAGCAACUCAACUUCUCAGUUGAAGUACAAUACAUUAAAAUACCCAGCUCUCAGGCAGCCCAUCUCUAACUAGCUCAAUUAGCUUCAAAAGAAUGUAGCUAAUGAGUCCCAAACAUUUUUAUUUGGAUAUAAACUUAGCAGUGUUAAAUGGACCAAAAAUUAGAGCUAUGUAUCAGUAGAGACGCAUGACUUUGAACUACGGGUCUCCUGUAUCCCUGAGAGAGCCGUGAUUUUCAUGAGUAGCCCAAGUGCUGCAUUCACUCAUCAGUGGUCAUCUAUACUGUCUGUUAAAGGCUCUUCUGUUUUACUCAAAGUUUACAUGGUGGGGUGGAGUGGGGAGCAGGAAUUGCAAGGGGAAGUAGAAGGAAAACAGUUAUAGGAUCUAAUAUGUUGUACUUUGUGUAUAUGCUGUGUGCAGAGUAAUUGCCUCUUUUGACUUGAUUUGAACACAGUCUCACCUGUUCAGGUGGCGUAUACUAACUAAUAUUUUCUGUAUAAUUUGGAAACUUUCUCAAUACUAGUAGCAUCAAAAUUUGGUCACCCUAGGCUAUGAUAGUACAUACUCAUGGUUUUUAAAACCAUUAAAAUUCCUGACAGGUAGAAUGCAUGCUUGGCACUGCAUCUAUGAAAGAGUUCUUCCUGGUAUUCCCUCACAUACACAUCGUAAAAAUAAGAAGUGAUGAUUUGAUUUGAUAGUGGUAUUUGUGUUUUAUUCUCUUUUUUCUUUGUUGCUACCUCUUCAUGUUUCUACAUCUAGUCCCUCACAUGUUUGUCAUAUAAUCCUUUUUAAACAAGGGUUGACUAAGGACGGUAUAUAUUAAGUUCUUUCUUGGCUUAGAUACACCCUGCUAUUUCUAGUUGAAUUACCAGUCUGUACCUACUUAAGUUUAAAGAGAUGUAACCCAUCUUUCCUUUUCUUAGGAAGCCCAUUUCCUAAAGAUAAAGUUCCUUUAAGAAGAGAAACAACAAAUACCUCCAUAAAACAAGGAAAUUAAAAUCAGUCAUCAAAUGUAAAGUAGAAUAAAAACUAUUAAAAUCAUCAACUAUUUCAGAAAAUUAAACCAUAAUUUACUUCUCAGAAACAAGGCUGAAUGUAUAAAUGUCCUUUGGUCUGAUAGAAAAUACAUUUAAGAAAUGUGGGCGAUGGGGAGGAAAAGUUAUUUUAAAAUCUUGAUUUCUAAUGCCAUCCUCCAAAAAAUGUACCCAGGUCUCCUUGGACAAAUGGACAAAACUAGAACUGCUGCAGAGGAAUGCCUGGAGCAUCUUCUUGUUCCAGAAAGUAAGCAUGUGUUAAAAAAAUAAAUAAAUAAAUAAAACCUCAAGGAUUGGGGAGGUUUGUCAAAAGGACAAGUAGUCAACUGAAAGUGCUCCAAUGGUCAAAGCUAGAACAAUUUGAAUAACUAAGUAGUACUGGAUUAUAACCCAAAGUUAUAAUCAAAUGAGAUUCUGACUGGAUGAAUAAGUACAUGGGGACAAAGGCAAAUUUCCUGUGCAGAAUUCUAAAUAAUCUGUGUAGAUACUGCCCCCUCAAGGAGGUGGAAUUUAGUUCACUUUUUAAGUGUGGGUUGUGAUUUUCUUCCAAA